AUGAUUCACGCGCUGCGAUCUGGGCAGCAGGAGCAGCAGAGGAGCCGCUCUCUCGCCCCCCUACAUCCAUAAUUCAGCAUCUGCUCCUUCUUCUUCCUCCUCCUGCCUUUUUUCGCCCCCUCCCAUCUCCUCCCUGCCUCUGCUGUCUCUACUCACCAACGUGCACACUCCCGCACAGCAUCCACAACCUGAAGCAUCAGUCGCUUGGAAAUCACUCAUCUGGAACUUGAUGCCAAGAGAAGGACAUGAGAAUGGCUUCCAGGAUUAACCUCUGCUCUUGGUAGAACGACCCACGAGUUCACAUCUGUUUGAACAACAUCUCACGGCCCAGGAAAUCCCAGAAUGUAAACGUGACCCCAUUUUUCAACUCCCGGCUUUUGGCCAUGAACCUGAAAGGACCUUCCUGGACUUCUCCUUCCAUAGUUGGGAUUUGAUUCCCCUUUUGGCUCAGACCACUGCUCAGGUCUGCAGCAGUGGCUGUUGGUGGCAGCUGCUGCUGCGGUGGACCUCGCCCCCUUGGAACACAGGGAUCCGUUUACAAAAGCAAGCACCGCCAUGAGGAUACCCAUGACCUGCUGUCUUUGCCCAUUUUUGGUCUGCCUCUGCUUCAUCCAGAGAUGCUAUGGGGCCAGCCACCAUGUCCCCACCAAAGUGCCCUCCAAGAACCAGACCAAACUGGCCAAUGGGGAAACGGAGGUGCACCACAGGCCUAAGCGUGGCUGGAUCUGGAACCAGUUCUUUGUUUUAGAAGAACACAUGGGACCAGAUGCACAGUAUGUGGGAAAGCUUCACUCAAACUCAGAUAAAGGAGAUGGAUCUGUCAGGUACAUUCUGAGUGGAGAAGGAGCUGGGACUAUAUUUAUCAUCGACGAGGUGACAGGAGAUAUUCAUGCCACCAAAAGCCUUGAUCGGGAAAGGAAAGCACAUUAUGUCCUGCAUGCUCAAGCUUUGGACCGGAACACAGAGGAAGCCCUGGAACCAAAGUCCGAAUUCAUCAUCAAAGUGCAAGACAUCAAUGACAAUGCACCGAAAUUUCCAGAUGGACCCUUUGAAGCUACAGUACCUGAAAUGUCUGAAGUGGGCACCUCUGUACUGCAAGUCACAGCGACCGACUCUGACGACCCCACCUAUGGAAACAGCGCCAAAAUCGUCUACAGUAUUCUACAAGGACAGCCAUAUUUCUCUGUCGACCCUAAAACAGGAAUCAUCAGGACGGCCUUACCAAACAUGGACCGGGAAGCCAGAGAGCACUACACAGUGGUGAUCCAAGCCAAAGACAUGGCAGGCCAGGUUGGAGGCCUCUCUGGUUCCACCACCAUCAACAUCACCCUGACCGACGUCAACGACAACCCGCCCAAAUUUCCCCAAAAAAAUUACCAGGUGUUGGUGCUGGAAUCAGCGGAGGUUGGAACACCUGUUGGGAAGCUCAAAGCCAACGAUGAUGACCUUGGCACCAACGCAGACAUCAAGUAUACUAUCAUCAACUCAGAGGGGGCCAACAUGUUCUCCAUAGCCACCAACAGAGACACAAAGGAGGGAAUUGUCAGCCUCAAAAAGCCCCUCAACUACGAGAGGAAGAAGACCUACACGCUUCACAUCGAGGGACUGAAUACACAUGCGGAUCCUCGUUUUACCUAUCUCGGGCCCUUCAAGGACACGGCCACCCUUAAAAUCUCCGUGGGGGACGUGGACGAGGCCCCCGUCUUUUCCAUGGAUUAUUAUAUUCUGGAUGUUUAUGAAAACUCCCCCAGCGGCACGGAGGUGGGAACAGUCACAGCUCGAGAUCCGGAUGGAGACAACAAACCCGUCAGAUACGAGCUGGACAGCAAAGAGGAGGAGGAGAGCUACUUCCGAAUCGAUGCGAAGAGCGGAGUCAUCAGAACCACGCAGCCUCUGGACCGGGAAGACACGCCGUGGCACAACAUCACUGUGGUGGCCUCGGAGGUUGGUAAUCCGGUCCUCUUCAGCCACGUUCCUGUCACCGUCCAGGUCCUGGACACCAACGACAAUCCACCGGAAGUAGCAGCUGAUGAGGAAGUCAUUGUUUGUGAGAGUUCAAGACCUGGCCAGGUGAUCCAGACGGUCAGAGCGGUGGAUAAGGACGACUUCGCCAAUGGACAGCGGUUUUCUUUUGCUCUGCCAAGCCAGCUCCCCGUUAAUCCCAACUUCACCCUGAAGGACAACGAAGACAGCACGGCCAGCAUCAUCGCCAGAAGACGCCGUUUCAGCCACCUGACGCAGGAGCUGUACGAGCUGCCCAUCGUGGUGUGGGACGGGGGGGAGCCUUCGCUGACCGGCACCAGCACCUUGACGCUGCGGGUGUGUCCGUGCCAGCGCCACGGCAGGAUCCGGAUGUGCCAGGGCGAGGCCUUCCUCUCCUCUGCGGGGCUCAGCACGGGGGCCCUGAUCGCCAUCCUGCUGUGCAUCAUCAUCCUGCUGGCAAUCGUGGUUCUCUUCAUCACACUGAGGCGCAGCAAGAAGGAGCCCCUCAUCAUCUCUGAAGAAGACAUUAGGGAGAAUGUGGUGACCUACGACGACGAGGGAGGCGGCGAAGAGGACACGGAAGCUUUCGACAUCGUUGCUCUGCGUAAUCCGGCCGCAGCAGAGGAGCUGAAGUUCAGGCGGGACAUCCGCCCAGAAGCCAGGAGUCAGUGUGGCUUUGCGCACGGCCAGCGGAGCCCGUCUGUGGAGCUGGACGAGGUGGACGUGCACAAGUUCAUCAAACAGAGACUGGUGGAGGCUGACAUGGACGCCAGCGUGCCACCCUACGAUUCCCUACAGACCUACGCUUAUGAAGGUCAGGGCUCUCCUGCAGGGACCAUCAGUCCGUUAGACUCUCUUGGUGUACAAUCGGAGCAGGAAUACAACUACCUGGAUGACUGGGGCCCCGAGUUCCAGAAACUAGCAGAACUCUACGGAGAAGCAGAGUCGGAUGUGACAACCUAGUGUGUGAUCGGACUCCAGUUCAAACCCGACCGUUUGAAACCCGUUUUUUCAGCUUUUCUGUGAAUGACAUCAACAGAGACCUUCAAACAGUUCGAGAGCCUUUCAACUUUUGCUGUUGAACUCUGACGACUGUUUGGUUUUUGUUUUUCCAUUUUGUUGCGUCAGAUCGUGGAUCACUCGUCUGAAAGUGUCAAAGAUUUUAAGAUCGGAAAAUAUAAAUUUGGGCCAGAGGAAAACCCUCUCCUUGGUGUAUAUUUUUUAAUGCUCAAUAAAGUCCUGAAAUCCAUUGGAGUGGAAAUGUGAAA